AUGCGUCUGUUUCUGCUGGCGGUGCUCUUCUCGUGCUCCUGCGCGCGGGCCGGCUGCGAGCCGAAGAUUGUGAACAUUGGGGCCGUCCUGAGCCAGAAGAGAUAUGAGCAGGUUUUUAAAGAUGCCGUGACCCAGGCCAACCAGGUCUACGGCAGGGACAAAUUCAAGCUGACCGCCAUCUCCGUAACGCAUAAACCUAACGCCAUCCAGAUGGCACUCUCCGUGUGCGAGGACCUCAUCUCCAGUCAGGUCUAUGCUAUCCUGGUGAGUCACCCUCCCCAGUCCAAUGACCACCUCACCCCGACGCCUGUCUCCUACACUGCAGGCUUCUACCGCAUCCCUGUGGUGGGGCUCACCACCCGCAUGUCCAUCUACUCAGACAAGAGUAUCCACCUGUCCUUCCUGCGGACAGUCCCUCCCUACUCCCACCAGGCACACGUGUGGUUCGACCUGAUGCGGGAGUUCAACUGGAACCACAUCAUCCUGAUAGUGAGCGACGACCACGAGGGGCGGGCUGCUCAAAAGAGGCUCGAGACCCUCCUGGAGGAGAGAGAAACAAAGAAUAAAAAAAGGAACUAUGAAAACCUCGACCAACUGUCCUAUGACAACAAGCGAGGACCUAAGGCAGAGAAAGUCCUCCAGUUCAGCCAGGAGACUAACUUAACUGCCCUGCUGCUGGAGGCGAAAGAGCUGGAGGCCCGAGUCAUCAUCCUGUCCGCCAGUGAGGAGGACGCUGCUGCCGUGUACAAGGCCGCCCGCUUCCUCAACAUGACGGGCUCGGGCUACGUGUGGCUGGUGGGCGAGCGGGAGAUGUCGGGUAAAGCCCUGAGCGAGGCGCCAGACGGUCUGAUCGGCCUCCAGCUCAUCAACGGGAAGAAUGAGUCGGCCCAUAUCAAUGAUGCGGUUGCCGUGGUGGCUCAGUCCAUCCAGGAGCUCUUUGAGAAGGAGAAUAUCACAGAACCUCCGAGAGGAUGUGUGGGCAACACCAACAUCUGGAAAACGGGGCCUCUCUUCAAACGGGUGUUGAUGUCGUCUAAAUACCCAGAAGGCCUCACUGGACGCGUGGAGUUCAAUGACGACGGAGACAGGAAGUACGCCCACUACAGUAUUCUCAACUACCAGAAGAGUCGACUCAUUCAAGUCGGCAUAUACAAUGGAACACAGGUGGUAAUGAACAAUCAGCGGAAGAUCAUCUGGCCCGGAGGAGAGACUGAAAAACCACAGGGCUUCCAGAUGUCCACUCGAUUAAAGAUAGUGACGAUACACCAGGAGCCAUUUGUGUAUGUCAAACCCACUCAGCUGGACGGAACAUGCAAGGAGGAAAUGACAUUAAAUGGAGUCUUAAUUAAAAAGGUUAUCUGCACUGGGCCCAAUGAGACCAUCCCAGGACGCCCAAUUGUACCGCAGUGUUGUUACGGAUUCUGUAUUGAUCUCCUUAUCAAGCUGGCUAUGACCAUGAACUUUACCUAUGAGGUUCAUCUGGUGGCUGAUGGGAAAUUUGGAACUCAGGAGCGGGUGAACAACAGUAACAAGAAAGAGUGGAAUGGCAUGAUGGGUGAGCUCCUGGGGGGCCUGGCUGACAUGAUUGUAGCCCCGCUGACUAUAAACAACGAACGAGCCCAGUACAUCGAGUUCUCCAAACCCUUUAAAUAUCAAGGUCUCACCAUCCUGGUUAAAAAGGAAAUCCCUCGCAGUACACUGGACUCGUUCAUGCAGCCGUUCCAAAGCACACUGUGGCUGCUGGUGGGUCUUUCGGUGCAUGUGGUGGCGGUGAUGCUUUACCUACUAGACCGGUUCAGCCCAUUUGGAAGAUUUAAAGUAAACAGCGAAGAAGAAGAAGAAGAUGCCCUCACCUUAUCAUCCGCUAUGUGGUUCUCCUGGGGAGUGUUGCUGAACUCUGGAAUCGGAGAAGGCGCCCCGCGCAGCUUCUCAGCGAGAAUCCUGGGUAUGGUGUGGGCCGGAUUUGCCAUGAUCAUUGUGGCUUCCUAUACUGCCAAUCUGGCUGCCUUCCUGGUGUUGGACCGGCCUGAGGAGCGCAUCACCGGCAUCAAUGACCCAAGGCUGAGAAACCCAUCGGACAAAUUCAUCUACGCCACGGUGAAGCAGAGUUCCGUAGACAUCUACUUCCGGCGGCAGGUGGAGCUUAGCACCAUGUACCGCCACAUGGAGAAGCACAACUAUGAGAGUGCCGCCGAGGCCAUCCAGGCCGUGCGCGACAACAAGCUGCAUGCUUUCAUCUGGGACUCUGCGGUGCUGGAGUUUGAAGCCUCGCAGAAGUGCGACCUGGUGACCACGGGAGAGCUGUUUUUCCGUUCGGGCUUUGGCAUAGGCAUGCGCAAGGACAGCCCCUGGAAACAGAAUGUGUCCCUGGCCAUUCUCAGUUCUCAUGAGAACGGCUUCAUGGAAGACCUAGAUAAAACCUGGGUGAGAUACCAGGAGUGUGACUCGAGGAGCAAUGCCCCAGCCACACUCACCUUUGAAAACAUGGCAGGUGUCUUCAUGCUGGUGGCUGGAGGCAUAGCAGCAGGGAUCUUCCUCAUCUUCAUUGAAAUCGCCUAUAAGCGCCAUAAAGACGCCCGCAGGAAGCAGAUGCAGCUGGCCUUUGCGGCCGUCAACGUCUGGAGGAAGAACCUGCAGGAUAGGAAAAGUGGUAGAGCAGAGCCCGACCCCAAAAAGAAAGCCUCUUUUAGGUCCAUCAGUACCACCCUGGCCUCCAGCAUCAAGAGACGUAGGUCCUCCAAAGACACGCAGUACCCACCCACUGACAUCACGGGCCAACUCAACUUGUCUGACCCGUCUGUCAGCACUGUGGUGUAA